AUGCGGCUCCCACGCAUUCUCCGUCUGGCCACGGCCGUCGCCAUGGCCAGGCUUCUGCCCGCCGCCCGAGCAGCCGGAGCAGCCAAUGCCACCGACGGUAACAGGGCUACUCCCCAGGGCGGUAUCCUCGAAGGCGCCAACCCGUCCAAAUACGAUCCCAGCAACCCCAUCAUCCUCUUCAUCAUCCAGGUCUGCCUCAUCGUCAUCGUCUGCCAUGCCCUCCAUUGGCCCCUCGCAAAGAUUCGACAGCCCCGUGUCAUCGCAGAGGUUGUCGGCGGCAUCAUCCUCGGCCCCUCCGUCAUGGGCCGAAUCCCUGGUUUCCGCGAAGCCAUCUUCCCCGCCGCCUCACUGCCUAACCUCAAUUUAGUCGCCAACCUCGGUCUCGUCCUUUACCUCUUCCUCAUCGGCCUCGAGACCGAUGUCCGCUUUCUAGCCCGCAACUGGCGCGUUGCAACCUCCGUCGCCUUUGCCGGCCUCGCCCUUCCCUUUGGCAUUGGCUGUGCUCUCGCUUGGGGCGUCUACAACGCCUUUCGCGAUGAUGGUUCCCUUACGCCCAUCCGCUUCAGCGUCUACAUGCUCUUCAUUGGAAUUGCCGUCGCCAUUACCGCUUUCCCCGUCUUGUGCCGCAUCCUCACCGAACUGAAACUGCUCGACACCUCGGUCGGUGUCAUUACGCUCUCGGCCGGUGUGGCCAACGACGUCGUGGGCUGGGUGUUGCUGGCGCUCUGCGUCGCCCUCGUGAAUGCCGGCACUGGCCUCACCGCCCUCUGGAUCCUACUCUGCUGUCUCGGCUUCAUGCUGCUGCUCACCUUUACUGUGAAGCCUGCCUUGAUAUGGCUGCUCCGCCGCACCGGGAGCAUCGAAAAUGACCCCUCUCAGAGCGUCAUCUCCCUCAUCCUCCUCAUUGCCCUCGCCUCCUCCUUCUUCACCGGCAUCAUCGGCGUCCAUCCUAUCUUUGGCAGCUUCAUGGCCGGCCUCAUUCUUCCCCGCGAAAAUAGGUUCAACAUUCGCGUCACGGAGAAGCUCGAAGAUCUCAUCGGUGCAAUCUUCCUACCCCUCUACUUCACCCUCUCCGGCCUCAACACCAACUUGGGCCUGCUGGACUCGGGAACCGCUUGGGGCUACGUCUUUGCCACCACCUUUGCCGCCUUCUUCACCAAGAUCAUUGGCGCCGCCCUAGCGGCUCGUGCCAAUGGGCUGGUGUGGCGCGAGUCCUUUACCAUUGGCGUGCUAAUGAGCUGCAAGGGCCUCGUCGAGCUUAUUGUGCUGAAUAUUGGCCUCCAAGCAAAGAUCCUCAGCACGCGCACUUUCACCAUCUUCGUCGUCAUGGCGCUCCUCACCACAUUUGCCACGACCCCCAUUGUCUCCUACCUCUACCCGCCCUGGUACCAGAUCAAGAUUGCGGCCUGGAAGCGCGGCGAGAUUGACUGGGACACGGGCGCGCCCCUCCCCUCGUCCGACUCGGACGACAGCAGCCAGCAGAAGUCGGGCUCUGUGCAGCGGGUGAGUCGCAUGCUUGCCUACAUUCGCCUCGACAGCAUGCCCGCCCUGCUCAACCUCGUGUCCCUCUUCGGCGGGCCCGAGCCGGCGUCGACGGCAUCGGAGCAGACAACGAACUCGGCCAACCCCAAGGGCCCCGAUGUCUCUGCCGGCUCAACCGACGGCCCCCGGAGACCCGUCUGGGUGCACGGCAUGCGCCUGCUGCAGCUGACGGACCGCGACUCGUCCGUCAUGACGGUGUCCCAGGUGGCCGACUACAGCCGUCAUGACCCAGUAGUCAACACGUUCCGCACCGUCGGCCAGCUCCACAACCUGGCCAUGUCGGGCGAGGUGGCCGUCAUGCCGGAGGGGCGCUUCGCCGAGGCCCUCGUCAGCAAAGCGGCCACCAUGGCGUCGGAUCUGCUCCUCAUCCCCUGGAGCGAGACGGGCGGCAUGGGCGACUCGCCCAUCCUGUCGUCGGCCACUGUCGCGGACCGCAUGGCGUCGACGUACAGCGCCUUUGUCCGGUCCAUCCUCGACUCGCGUGACCGCAACGUCGGCGUCUUCUUCUCCCGCACCGACGAUGCCGACGCCAUCGCCGACGCCGCCACAAAGGGGUCCGGCCGCGCUCCUCUCUCCCGCAAGUACUCGUUUGGCGUCCAGGGCGACGACGUCCCCGCCGCUGCCCUGCCCACCAAGCCUUACAACAUCUUCCUCGCUUACUUUGGCGGCCACGACGACAAGCUGGCCCUGCGCCUCGUCCUGCAGCUCUGCGUGCAGUCCAAAGCCACCGCAACCAUUGUGCGCAUCUCGGAGACUUCUCACCUCUUGGAAACGGCCAAGUCCUCGCUCUCGACCGACACGGCCUCGCGCGUCAAGUUCGAGACGAGUUCGGGCCCCACCACGGUCGAGGACCUGCUGCAGCUCGCCCAGCCCGCGUCCGGGCGGCCGCACACGCCCGGCCCCAAGGCCUCGACCCUCGUCGUCGUCGGCCGUAGCAGCGGCGCCCAGCUCGACCAGGGCAAGGCCGGUCGCGCGGCGCGCGAGGACCUCGUCGGCUGCCUCGGCCGCGUCGCGGGCCACUUUGUCGCGGGCGGCUUGCGAGCAGACUUGCUCGUCGUGCAGGCCAAGCAGAGCGCCGAGGCGAGCUAA